CUAAUUUCACACCGCUGUGACAUGCAAAGGUGGACAUGGCCAACUGGCGCCGCAUCAUGUGAGGAUGUCGAGUGUCACGGAUUGUGCCCGUUUCUGCCUCCAGCACAAAAAGAUAAGGCCCUACUUAUAGUAACGCGAAUAGCGUAGCGCGCUCGCGUGCGAUGUACUUGGCCAUGAGCUGCUGCAUGUUGCACUGCAUUCGUAGCAAGUUCUCCUGGCGGGAUGUGGCCCACAUUAAUACACAACACACCCGUAAGCACUCUUGCUGGUAUAAUAUUACAGAUGUAGCGUGGGUACCACUAUCAGUCCAAAUUUCAAGAAAGAGACAGCCCAUGGACAACACCACUCGAUCAUAGCGUAUGACAAGUGGAAACGUUUGCUCCUGAUAUCGCUAGUUGUACUUGAGAGCGCGGGCAAGGUUUGGCAGGGGCCCGGCUGUUUCACGCUGGGCCCCACCGAGGUAUUAUGCAAAGGCCAAGAUCUAUAAAAUGCAAUAAGUUAUUUCAGCUCUUGGUGGCGACGUGGCUCGUCGUUGUGCUCGGAGUCAGUAAUGGCGCUCCAGCGGCCCGGCCUCGCGCCCGGCACACGUGCAUUCCGGAGGCAAACAUCGCCAAGAUGUUGGGACACCAUCCCGAUUGCGUUGAGCUCAUAGAUGGCCCAACCUGCACGGAGGAGAGCGUGCGGGAUGAUGGCUGCGAGGACCUGCGCGUUCGCAACUUCACCUCAUGUGGGUCAGUGGUGUACAAUGAGGUGGAGGACCCAGAAACGAGCGGCAGCAGCGCAGCUGCCGCGGCACUAGCAGCAGCCGGCAUUGCAGCGGCGGCUGGGGGCACACGCACCUUCUCUCAUUGCGGGUACGGGGCUAGGCCUGCUGGCUGGCCCUGCAACGCCGCCCGCUUGCCGCCGGGUGGCAAGGCCGCGCCUGUAGACCAGCAUAGGACCAAUGCGCAACAGCGGCAACAGCAACAGCAGCAGCAGGAGUCUCUGUACGUGUGCGGCGGGGGCAGCCUGCGCGGCAUGUGCAUACCGGCGGGCUCGGACGCGCCCGAGCACGAGCAGUGCGUGCAGUCGGCAUGCGAGAAGGGCCUGUGCGCGUUGCCGGUGCCCGUGAAUGAGGGUGGCACCUGUGAGCCGCCCGGCCCCGCGCCGCCGUCGAACGAGUGCCAGCAGCGCGUGUGCCGCGGCGGGCGCUGCCUGCUGGAGUCCCUGCCGGACACCUCACCCUGCGGGCCUCCGCCGGGGCCGUGCGGGGAGCACCACUGCAUGGCGGGGGCGUGUGUGCUGGCGGCGGAGGAGGACGGGGUCAUCUGCGGACCCAGCUCCGCGUGUGCGGACCAGGUCUGUCACAAGGGGCAGUGCGUGGAGGAGCGGCGGCCCGACGGCAAGCUAUGCUGGCACGUGCCCGGGGACUGCCCGCGCACGUGCGUCGCCGGCAAGUGUGUGCCGUGCAGCUGCGGUCCCGCGUACGCCUUCUGGGCAGGCCGACAAUGGGUUCCUGGCUUCCAAUGGACGCCGUUCGCAGAGGACUUGUCCGACAACAGCUACGGCGGUUACUUCAACCUGCUGGCUGAGGAGCUGGACAUUCCGCCCAUCCAGCUGCCGUACGACGGAGAGUACGACAGUGCGUCCCGCUACGCCGCCGAGAGCGCCAUCGUGGUGUGCAGCCGCUGCCGUCUCAACAUGGCCCUGCAGCCAGGACCCAACAUGGUGCAGGACGGCGCGGUGCUGACUGGCUCCGUGGGACUGGCGGCCAGCCCUGUGCGCGGCGGCACCUACGUGACGCUGGAUGUGGUGAUGUACCCCAACCUCACACACCAGCACCUGCUGCUAGGCUACCACCCCUGGGCCUCAGUCAUGCCGCCGCCGCUCACCACGCCGCAUAGGUGGGGCGACCUCAGCGGUAGCCGCACGGGCCUGUACGCGCGGGCACCGCCCGCCACCAGCGCCGCGGCGGGGGACCGCGUGGACCCCAGCCUGGGCCGCGGCCUGCUGCCUCAGCCCAUGCGCCACCACUCCGCCUGGGCCUUCGUGCGGCGGCGGCCCGCGCACUGGGGCUUCACCACGCAGGAGCAGGUCCGCUCCGUGUUCGUUGGCCUUCAUCUGCUCGUGGCCAGCUGCACCCGGUCCUCGCCACUCAUGGCUUCGUCCAAGAGCAGCAGUAGCAGCAGUAGCAGCAGCAGCAGUAGCAGCAGUAGCGGUAGCCGCAGUGGCGGAAGCAGUGGCUCUAGCGGUAGCAGUGGCAAUGCCAGUGGCAGUGCCGGUCGUAGUGCCCCGGGUGGCAAUACCAAGGGCGGCGGUGCUGGUUCCGCCGCUGUGGGUGUGCCGCCGGAGGCAGUGGGGCCGGGGGCAAGGGAGGGUGGCGGCAGAGUUGAUUCGGUGGCGGAAGCGCUCGGCAGCAAGGGCGGCAUAGGUCCCCGGGGUGGAGCAGGGUCUGGCGCUAGCAAGGUAGUGGAGGCUGCUGACAGGGCGGCGGGGGCUGUUGCGUCAGCAGGGCAAGGAGGCGAGGCGGCAGAAGCCGGGACACAGGGCGCGGCGGAGCAGGCGGGUGGGAGCGGGCGGCGGACGCGGUUUGGCGCCACGGCCCCUGCUGCUGGUGUGUAAGGUGGCGCAAUGUGAGCAAGGGCAUUCCAGUAUGCCUUUGCUGGGAUGCAGGUCUAGACUUCGUCUGGGUGGUGAAUGGACCGGUUGUCAGGGCGGUCAAAAGCUCAUGUGACAGUGUGGCGGGAAGCGCUGGCAGGAUGUUUUGGAGGGUCCGCUAUGGCUUGUCCGACGGCAGUGGGCUGGCUGUGGUGGUGAUUAAGAUCAAGGCCGGUAGCUUGUCAGCUCGCACAAGACUGAUAUUUCCAAUGCCGACCUUACAAACGGAAGUAGUUGAGCUCGGGAACCCUUCUGACGUGUGAAUGUGAAUGUCGCGCCAUGCAAACAGGUGCCGACGAGAGUCGCUUAGCUAGGCGGCCUGUCCAGGCGUCACCACGGGUUCCCGUCUGUUACACAACCUUGCACGUGCAUGCUCCCGUGUUGCGCAUGUAUGGGCACGUUGGCAUGGUGCGUGUCAGCGUGUGGAACCUUUGAGUGGCCGUGUUAGGUUGGCGUUUUCCUAUCAACCCGCCCCGUCCACACCUCAUCCACGCCUUCAAAUCUAAACCGUAUGAGCUGCAUCGCAUGAGCUCCGCUUCCCCUAUGUAUCGAGUCGCCUGAGGCGACCUAAUGUGUACCAUA